GCCCGAAAUGCCGGGCUUUUGUGAGGCGCCGGGCAGCCUAAAAAACAAGCGGGGCGCAGGAGGGCAGCCCCAUGGACCUCCGCCAGCGCACGACCAUCGCCACGGACCCCUUCGCGACCAUCAAAGGCAUCGGAAGUCUCACGCUCCGUGCUGAGCAGUACGCCGACCUCGACGCGCCGUCGGUGGCGCGAAGCGUGUCCGUCGAACGGACGCUGCAGACUUUGGUCAAUCUUUCGGCCCAAGCGCACCCCUUGGAGACGUCGACGUUGAAAGGCGCCCGAGAAGGCGUCGACGGCGAGGAGCAGCGCCACCUGACCGCCCCCAGGUUUUAUUUGUUGGAUCUAGCUCUACGAGUGUGGUCCGAGACGACGUACGCGCAUCUGCCCGAUCGAAGGUUUGUCGAUUUGACGGGAAGUAAUGGCGAGAACUGCGUCGCCGCUUCGUUAUUACGGGACUGGGUCUCGUGCCGGAGCAUCGAGCCGAUCCCCGAAGCUAGAGUAUUGGCCAAAGCGCUGGUGGAUGAGCGAGAUAAGCGGCAUAAUCGAAGGAGGCGAGGGGCGAGUAGACGUGGCAGGGAACCGCAAAAACCACCGGCGCAAGUCUACAUCGAGGAGGCGUCGUGCCUGUGGAACUGCGACUGGUACGACUGCGACGUGGCCUUGUUCGACGCGACGCGGCCAGCAUUCAGCGCUUUUGUCGACGAGGGCGCGUUCGUCCGGGCCGCGCUCUGGCCGGGUCUCGCGCGGUGCGCGGAGGGUACGGUCGUCUGCCUCAUCUCGCGGGACCCGAACCCGACCGUGCGACGAGCCGAGCUCAUCCCGACGGAGGGGCCGUCGGCCUGCGAGUUGCUCGACUCGUGCGUGAUCGCGUGCGGCGACGGCGGGACGGCCGAAGCGCUGCGGGCGGACAUCGUCAAGACCAUCGCGCCGUCGUCGGACCCCCGACUUGUACAAAGGCGCGAGCAGAGCAAGACUACUGGAUUAUUACUCAAGGUGCAGGACGCGCACCGCGCGUCCUUGCGACGCAACGUCACGGAGUUCCAGCUCGGGUCGCCCUCCGAUGAAAGCUCGUGGGGCUCGACGCCGACGCCCCAAAAGAGCCCGACGCUCGGCAUCGUCCGCCAGCGCAAGUUCGGCGUGGACAAGAGUCCGCUGGGGUCGUUGCUCGAGAAGCGCGGGAGCCGGGACUCGUAA